AUGCCACCGAAAAAGUCUUCUCAACAAUCUGGCGAUGGCGCCUCUGGAACAAGUGUAAAUCUACCAUUUAUCUCGGCGGAAAUCGGAAAACUUACUAAGCUUGACAUUAGCAGUUGUUCUCCUGAAGGAUUUGAGAUAUGGAAACAACGAUGGGACUCUGUUAUGACGAUUACUCGGUUUUAUGAACUCUCAAAUGAAACUCAAAAAGCUCUCUUUAUUAAUGUACUUAGUGAUGAUACUAUCAAACGAAUGAACAACUUAGGACAACAAGAUGUUCAAACUCUUAUUGAAUCUUUUAAACGCCAGGUAUGUGGCAGUUCAAAUAUAUUUGUGCAUGAAUAUGAAUUCCACAAACGAGUACAAGGCUCGAAUGAAUCGUUUGACGAGUUUUACAAUGAUCUACAAACACUAUUAAAUAAAUGUCAAUACAAGGACUGUUGCCAGAGCUCAACACGAAUGUCGUCUAAGAACCGAAUUCUCUUGGCACGUCUCGUGGCCGGUAUAAAGUCUCAUGAUAUAAGAAAGGGACUUCUCUGUAUUCAAGACCUUACUCUUGACAAAGCUGUACAAUAUAUCCAAGUAGAUGAAGCUACCUCAUCCCAAGCUGAUAAGUUUUUAACUAAAGUUAACAAGACUGGAGCCUCUACAUAUAGACAAAAGAAAUUUCCCUAUAACACUGGGAAAGGGGGCCCGUCUCCACCUACAAGGGAUGAAAAUUUGCGAAAAUGCAAAUUUUGCAUGAAGUAUCAUGUUUUCAAGAAGGAAUUUUGCCCUGCAAAGGACUCUGUUUGUAGGGAUUGUCAAAACAAAGGUCACUGGGCUAAAUCUGUCAUGUGCCCCAAGUCCUCUAAACCAACAGGUGACCCUGUUGAUCCUGACAAGAAAGUUACUGAUGAAUCUUCUAAGCUUGGUUCCGCCACUAAACCAACUCUUAAAGUCAUUUCAGCUGAUCAAGAACUACCCGUUACUUCUGAUGUCUCUGUCAAAGCCAUCACCAUUCCUAGUGUUGGUAAGCACUACUACACUGAUUUUAUACUUGGUAACCACAACUGGAAGCAAAAAUGCAUGAUUGAUCCUGGCUCCAACAUUAACUGUGUCGGUUAUGAUUGGAUUACCCGUUUUGACACCCCUGAGUGGUCAUACAAUCUUGAAUGUGGUUCCAUCAAGACCGCUGGAGGUCAUAACCUGGGUGUCGAAGCUCGAGUUUUCCUAAAGAUUUCGUGGCCUCCAGAAAAUCCCACCAUUUCUGUUGAUCAGUGGUUCUAUAUCGUUCAUGGUGAAGAUGGUAUUAUCCUUGGUUCUCCUGCCUGUCAUGCACUCGGUGUUAUUGAUGAUGACUGGCCCAUUUCUACAUUACUUCAGAACCUUAACCAUCCCUCAUCAGUGAAUACCCUCGACGCAUCACAAAACAACCCUCAGAUAUGUGACAACAAACCGACCGAAGUGGACCAUCCAGUUUCAAAUCCUACCACGUCUGAAUGUCGAACUCUUCUUCCUGUCAAUUCCAAAGAACCUCUGCAGCAACCACCUUUACCCACACGACCUUGGGACAAACUAGGCGUUGACCUUUAUAGUUUUAAUGACCGAGAAUACCUUAUUGUCACAGACUAUUUCUCCUCCUUUACUGAAGUUUAUGAUCUUGGUAAAGACGCAACAGCACCAGCGUUGAUCAAAGAACUCACACAAUUGUUCUCUCGAUUUGGUCAACCUGUUGAAGUCGUAUCAGAUGGUGGUUCACAGUUUACUUGCAAAGCCUUUGCAACGUUUGUUGAAAGUUGGAAUUUUAUACACACUGUAUCUUCUCCUACUCACGCUCAGUCAAAUGGCAAAGCCGAAGCCGCGGUAAAGAAUGUCAAGAAGCUCCUAAAAAAGUGUGGCUCUAUGAAUGACCAAUUUUGGAAAGGUCUGCUGGCAAUUCGAAAUACUCCUCUCUUAUGUGGUAAGAGUCCUGCAGAAUUGCUGCUUGGCAGAACACUCCACGAUUCCCUCCCUCGUUAUCCUGGUCCACCAACGUUAGAUAAUGAGACGAAAGCGAAAAUCCUUGAUCUCAGGAAGAAACAGAAAGAUACCUAUGAUCAACAUACUACCCCAUUACCUCCUCUCCAGACUGGUACCCGUGUAGCUAUUCGUUCCCGCGUCGAUUCCGAUUGGUCACUACUUGGAAAAAUUACUGAAAUUAAACCAAAUCGCACCUACAUUGUAUUAACCGACCAAGGAUCCACACUCACCCGUAAUCGAAGAUAUCUAAGACCUGCACCUCACCCUGCUGGUAACAAUACAUCUCAAGCGAAUGACGAACAGAACCCAACCCCCAACGACUAA